AUGAGGCCCGUUUUGUAUAUCUUUAUUUGGCGUAACGCAAUCGCACACGCUGAGUGUCAUAAAGACACUCUUCCCUUCUCCUCUAGACGGCAUCAAUCUCGAAGUGCGUUUUCUCCUGAAUCUGCGUUACAAAGCCUCUCUUCCUCAGCUACGAAGAUCAACAAUAUCGAUGGCGGCUUCUUUGUCAUCAUAUGGAAUCUUUGUUCGAUAAGAUCAGUAAAAGUUAGCAAUCUCUCCUUAGGAGCAACCGACCAUGAUAUCAAAGAGUUCUUUUCUUUCUCCGGUGAAGUUGAAAGCAUUGACAUCCAAGGUCACGAGGAUAGUGCUUAUGUCACAUUCAAAGAUCCUCAAGGAGCAGAAACCGCUGUGCUCUUAUCAGGUGCAAGUAUUGCCGAUCAAUCAGUCAUCAUUGAGAUGGCUCCUAACUACACUCCACCUGCUGCCCCUCAUGCUGAAACACAGAGCGGUGCCGGAGGCAUGGCAGAAUCAGUAGUCCAGAAAGCAGAAGAUGUCGUGAGCACCAUGUUGGCAAAGGGUUUCAUCCUCGGCAAAGACGCGGUCGGCAAAGCAAAAGCUUUUGACGAGAAACUCGGUUUCACUUCAACCGCAACUGCAGGAGUUGCUUCCAUCGACCAAAAAAUCGGUCUAAGCCAAAAAAUCACAGCUGGUACAAGCUUGGUGACCGAGAAGAUCAAAGGAGUGGACCAAAGCUUCCAAGUCACAGAGAGGACCAAGUCUGCCUAUGCGACUGCGGAACAGACGGUGAGCAGCGCGGGAACCGCCGUGAUGAAAAACCGGUUUGUGUUAACCGGUGUGAGCUGGGCGGCAGGAGCGUUCAACAGAGUUGCUAAAGCUGCUGGAGAGGUUACACAGAAAACAAAAGAAAAGGUUGAAGCUGAGCAACCACCACAACCGUCACAGCAGCAACCACCAGAAGGGUAUUCUCCGAUUCACUGA